UUAACUUCCGGGUUAUGUCAUUUCUCAGCUGGAAGUUGGCGACAGCAACUCAGGGUUAAUAGAAAAUAACCCUUUUUCCUCCUAUCAUGACACGUCCGUAAUUUUUAAAGCUGUUUUCAUUAAAAUGUUAAUUGUUGGAGAUGUUAUGAAUCUGCAUUGAAUCGGAUCGGAAGAGAAAUGGCGACGUUAGACGAGUUGAAACUCGAAGUGGAGCGGCUGACCCGUGAACUGGACCAGGCGGUCAGCGAGAAGAUCCAGUCGGCCCAGUAUGGACUUGUUCUGCUCGAAGAAAAACAGGCCCUCGAACAGAAGGUCGAAGAGCUGGACAACAUGUACGAAAACACCAGGAGUGAGCUCGAGAUCACGCAAGAGGCGCUCACAAAAUUUCAAACCACCCACAAGGUCACAACCAUGACUGGAAUUGAACAGGAAGAAUCACUUUUGAGUGAAUCGGCUAUGAUGGAAAACUCUCUGAAUUCGCAGAUCCUCGACCUUGAAAAUGAAACCAAAUUCAUUCGAGCAGAACUUGAAAGGGUGAAAGCCGAGAAAGAGAGAAUGAUCAGCGAAAACAACAACUUGAUUAAGAGCCAGGAAGAAAAAGAAUGCGAACGGAAACAGCUGAGGUGUGAGCUUCGAGAAAUCAAAAGCAGAGAAACAAGCCUGUUGACAGAGUAUUCGGAACUGGAAGAAGAGAACAUAACGCUGCAAAAACAAGUCUCUGCCCUGAAAUCAAACCAGGUUGAGUUCGAAGGUGUCAAGCACGAGGCUCGACGUUUGGGAGAAGAUGUGGAUUUGCUCCAUCAGCAGGUUAAUGAACUGAGCUGCCUGAAAAAGAUAGCAGAAAAGCAAUUGGAAGAAGCUUUAAACAGCUUGCAGGCUGAGAGAGAAGCAAAGUAUGCCUUGAAGAAAGAACUGGACCAGAGAAUGAAUAGCCAAUCAAUGUACAACCUGAGCAAUCUUGCUCUUAGCAUCAGAGGUCUUGCAGAAGGUUCGGGUCUGGGAAGUGACGGAGAAGAGGAUGAAUUGCCUGAGUUGAGACGCAUAGAGGCCGAUUUGCAGUCGGACGAAAACGCUCCCAAGAACAAAGACAACAAGCAGGUCGACCUGUUCAGUGAAAUCCACUUGAAUGAGUUGCAGCGAUUGGAAAAGGCUGUUGAGCAGGCAGAGACCGACAAACAACUUCUGACUCAGAGCUUGCGAGAUGCUCAAGGGCAAUCCGAAAAAAGUCAGGCCGAGUUACAAGGCUUGAGCGCUCGUAUUGCCACCCUGAGUGCCCACGUCGAAAGCCUCCUCUCCCUCAAGAAACGUCUUUUACCUGAUGGAGUUCCACCUUCUGAUGUUGUUGCUCUGAAAGACUGGUGUGCAUUGUCAAGUCAAGAAAUCCAAGAGUUGCAGAAACAGCUGGCUGAUCUGGAAUCUGGUCUCAACUUCUCGGAGACUGCCCAACAACUCAGAGAGGACAUUGCUAACCUGAAGGGAAAGCUUUUGGACGCCGAGCAGAGAGCAAGAGGAAUGUCUGCAGACUCAGUCGUUCUGGCCGAACUUACGGCUGAGGCGAGCAAGGCCUUCGACGCAGCUCAAACUGGCCUGAGCACCACCUGUGAUGAACUAGCCACCCUCUACCACCACGUGUGUACUGUGAAUGGAGAAACUCCGUCCAGAGUCAUGCUGGAUCACGAGAAGCACUUGAAUGAAGAUGGCAAAAUAAAAGCUGAAGAGACGGAAAACAAAAUCAGUUGCCGACUUGACGAAAUUAGGUCCAAACUCCAAGCUGGAGGCAACACUGCUGGUCUGGAGGGUCUGUGUGAAGCAGCAAACUUAGCACGCAGUGUCGAAACUGCGCUUGACCAAGUUAGACACUUGAGCAAGGCAGUUUACCACACUUUGGAACAAGGAAAGGGAUCGCGCACAGAAGAAGGUACUUUUUUUGAAAGUUCAGAAUUCGAAAAUGUUGAAUCUGCUUUUUUUCUAGUCUCGAGAGACUCUGCGGAAGCCGAUGAUCUCAGCGAACAGGUCAUCAAACUGAAGGCUCUUCUUUCGACCAAGAGAGAACAAAUUGCCACUCUAAGAACGGUCAUUAAAUCCAACAAAAACACCGCUGAGGUUGCCUUAACCAACCUGAAGUCCAAGUAUGAGACAGAGAAGGCUAUUGUCAACGAGACCAUGACCAAGUUGCGCAAUGAACUCCGAGUGCUCAAGGAGGAUGCAGCAACUUUCUCAAGCCUGAGAGCCAUGUUUGCUGCUCGCUGCGAGGAAUAUGUAACUCAAGUGGACGAGCUGCAGAGACAACUGGCAGCCGCCGAAGAUGAGAAGAAAACGCUGAACCAGCUGCUGCGUCUGGCCGUGCAACAGAAACUGGGAUUGACGCAACGGUUGGAGGAGCUGGAGGUGGACCGCGAGAUGCGAAACGCGCGCGGCCGCCAUGUGCAGGCGCAGAGGGGCGCGCCAGGUCCAGGUCGGGUCGGAAACCGACCCACUCGUCCUCAUCGUAGUGGUGCUGGUGAUUUCUUUUAGCCCUUCCUGUAAGAAAUACACAACUAACUUCCUUCCUUGAAGCUACGCAACAUAGAAAUCUCUCAGAACCAGUCGCCCUAGUCGUCGAGGGUGAGCUAGAUUCUGAAUUAAUGUCCAAGUAAAUUGUACCGUCCCUGUUUUUGGUGGUGGCGAGUUGGUUUUUUUACGGUUAUAUAUACAUACACAUAACAAUCGCAUUUUUAUUGUACUGGGGGUUGAUUCGAUCGGUCAGUGACCAAUACCACUGACUUGGAACGCCAUUGCAAGAAGAUCGUCAUAGUGUGAUAAAUGUUCUAAUUUAUUGGCAACUAUGCAUAAAUAAUUACCACUGGAAGGUGUGACAAAAAGACGCGGAACAUGAGGAAUAGUUUUAUAUUUUCUACGCACCUUUUCUUUUUAAUGAAAAGGUCUAGAGAUGAUUUGCUCUCCGGAUAAACAUAUUCUUGUAGGUCACAAAGAGGCCACAAUCUGCUAUUCUUCACUGAGGAUUUUUCUCUCCUGUUUUCUGUUGAUUUUGAAGUUUAAAUAUUUUUCUUUUUUUAAUAAUAUCUGGGAUAUCUAUAUUCCGACCAAAGUAAAGCUUAUAAGACUAUUCUUAUUUGUUGAAGAAAUGUUUAUUGGGUGCAUUGCUUUUGGGCUUUUCCAUGAAUUGUGAUAAAAAAAAAACUAUGUACUACAAAUCGAAAGAACUCCAUGCCAAGUGCAUCUCUUUUUGCUCUUUAUUAAUUUCCUUUGCUGACAAUAUAUUCUUCCAUUGGUAGAUCUUAGUCAAACAAUAUCACCGAGUCGCAUAUCUCUAGUGGCUCCUUAUUUCAACUUUACUAUACUUACUAGUCUGAGUGAAUUCGUUGACAGUCUUUGACAAUUUUUUGAACUAGCUGAGUUGAGCAAAAUACUAAAAAAAAAAACAAUAUUUAGUAGAUU